AUGUCGUUGGUACUCAACCUCGUGGUUGGGCUUCUGGCCCUCUACGUCCUCAAGGCAUUUCUUACACCGAAAAAGGCUUCCGCGCCUCUGCCACCAGGCCCUCCGCCAAAGCCCAUUAUUGGUAACCUUCAUGAUCUGCCACCACCGGGCUCCAAGGACUGGGAGCAUUGGGCUACGCACAAGGAGCUCUAUGGCCCGAUCAGCUCCGUCACGGUCUUUGGACAGACCAUCAUCAUCCUCAAUGAUCCUGAGAUGGCGCUGGAGCUGUUGGAGAAGCGAUCCGCCCUCCACUCUUCCCGUCCCCAGCUACCCAUCGCAGAGCUAUCCGGAUGGGACAAAACACUAGGUCUCUUGCCAUACUCGAACCGGUUCCGCGCCUACCGCAAAGCCGCAUCCAGGGAGCUCGGCUCGGCCACCGUGGUAGACAAGUUCAACAACAUUGUGGAUAAAGAGGUGCAUCGGUUCCUGCUGCGGGUGAUUCAGUCGCCCAGUAACUUGGUCGAUCAUCUGCGCAAGGAAGCCGGUGCCAUCAUCCUCCGCAUUAGCUAUGGAUACAAUGUCGAACCGCAUGGACGGGAUCCGCUAGUCGAUUUGGUCGAUCAGACCAUGGAUGACUUUUCGCGUGUGGUUCUUCCGGGUGCUUGGCUUGUCAAUUUCGUGUCCUUCUUGAAAUACCUCCCCACCUGGUUCCCAGGCGGCAAAGCCAACCAAACUGCCCAAGAAUUCAAAGACCGCGUCACGAUCAUGCACGACAAGACGUAUGACUUUGUGAAGCGCCAAAUGUCCCAAGGUACCCAUCAACCAUCAUACGUCUCCAACCUCCUCGAGAAAGACACCGUCCGUCCCGGCUCAGAAGAAGAGCUGGUCAUCAAAUGGUCCGCCGGGGCAUUGUACGGCGGCGGUGCCGAUACGACCGUCUCCGCCCUCUCCUGCUUCUUCAUGGCCAUGGCCCUGUACCCAGACGUGCAACAAAAAGCCCAAGAAGAACUCGACCGUGUGAUCGGCACCACCCGUCUGCCUGAUUUCCACGAUCGCGACAACCUCCCCUACAUCAACGCCGUCGUCCAGGAACUCUUCCGCUGGCAUCCCGUCACACCCCUCAGCGUGACCCACGCGUCCAGCGAACAGGACAUCUACAAGGGAUAUCUCAUCCCCGAAGGCGCAAUCCUCGUUCCGAACGUCUGGUCCUUCUUCCACAACCCAACCACCUACCCCGCCCCCUCAACCUUCAACCCCGAUCGUUUCCUCGGGCCGAACCCCCAACCCGACCCCCGAAUCUACGCCUUCGGAUUCGGUCGGCGAAUCUGUCCGGGCCAGCUUCUCGCGGAGAAGAAUAUCUAUCUGACGGUAGCGCGGGCACUAGCGGUAUUGAAUGUGCGGAAGAAGGUGAGGGAUGGAAAGGAGGUGCCGAUUCGGGUGGAUUUUUUCCCGGGGACGAUUAGCCAUCCGGUGCCGUUUGAGGUGGAUGUCAAGGGUAGGAGUGAGAAGCAUGAGAUGUUGGUGAGGGAGGUGGAGAGCGUGUGGCCGUGGGAGGGGAGUCAUGCUGAUGAGUUAGGCAUUUAGGGGUGGUGUGGGUGUGUUGGUUGGAGGAUUUAGUGUCUGAGCUUGUUAACGGUGCAACACGCGUAGAUGUGUCUGCGAGAGGGAGUUGGGGAGUACUUAGUGACUUGUCAUUUGAGCAAUCAAUCAAGGUUGUAGGAACACAAUACAAUACCUGUUAU